CAGAGACAGAGCUUCUUUGACCAGACUCAAUAUCAACUGUCUUCCACAAUGCUACACCACACUACACUGUUGUGCAUGACAAAUUGUGUGCGUGUGAGAGAGAGAGUGUGUGUAUUGGAGAGAGUGAGGGAGGGAAGGAGAGGAUGAACGCCAGCCCAGUCAUUCUCCUUAAAAAUGGCGUCUUGUGAACAAAAUGAGCGAAUGUAGCUGUGCUGUGGUGUGUGUGAGCAGCAGCGGAGCAGCUGUCGGCGCUGGAUCUCUGUGAAUGUAGCCUCGCUUAUUAAACUGCUACAGAACGUGGAGCAUCUGUUCUACGACCCAUCAGCUUAACACAGGAGACAAUAGACAGUGAAAUAUAUGGGGAGAGGAGAGGAGGGAGGAGGUGCUCCUGGCUGCUGUGACCCCCCCCCCGCCACCACCACCACCACCUCGCUCCCUCUCCUCCCUCCAUUCCUACCAGUCUACAGGCUCGUCAAGCGGAGAAAUAAACAGAAGCGAGCGCAGAGAGGAGAAGACAUUCCUCCCUCCCCUCCCCCUCACUAUCUGUCCAUCUUCAUCCAGUCCUUUCUUUCAUGGAGAGGAAUUAUCCCGCUGCAGGCUUCGGAGAUCUAGGGGCUGGGACGGGAUGGAGUUACGACAGAUCGGCCAAAGCAAGCCUCGUGUAUGGGAGCUCCAGGUCGUCCCACCCAGACUCAGAGCUGCUCCACAGGCAAACCUAUGGCACCCCUCACCCCCUCCAGGGCUAUGCAACCAACCACCACCCAGGAAGCUCCAGACAGGGUGGAGCAUGGGGGGCUGCUGGACGCUCACUUGGCUUGUCAGGGCUGUUUGAUGCCAGUCUCCACCAUGCCAGCCCCUCUGGUCCUGACCCCUCCGUCAUGAAUCUGAUUUCAGCUCUAGAAUCGCGGGGUCCACAGCCACCACCAUCUGCUUCUUCCCUCCUCUCUCAGUUUCGCACUCCCUCUUGGCAGACUGCAAUGCACACACCAGCCCCAGCGGAGCUCUUUAUUUCAGGGGCGCUUCCUGGUUCCAGCUCCUUCCCCUCCUCCUCAGCCCUUUCUGCAUACCAGCAUCCUGGCUCCUUCUCUGGACGAUCUUUCACUCCCUCACUAUCCCUGCAGGACACGCCUACAUUUAGCCCGACCUCCAACGGUUUGUUAUCCCCUCAUGAUCCCCUGCUGCACAUCAAAACACCUUCCCAGUCCAGCCUGGGCUUUGAUCGCUUGCUGUCUUCCCAGAGUGCCACCUACAGGGGCUCCCAGGAGCCAACAGCCCCUCCUCAGACCCAAGCCCCUCCCACCUCCUCCAGUUGCCACCUGCCCCCUCCCCAGUUCAACCUUUUGUCCUCCCAGCUCCACAACCAGUCCUCCCAGCUGUAUAACGCCUCUAUGUUCUCUUCCACACCAGCUCUGCUGCCCACGGCCCCCCCUCCACCCCAGCCUCCUCCAGAGAGGGCAGUUUCCCGACAGGACAGUGUGAUCAAGCAUUAUCAACGCUCAUCCCCAGCGCAGUCCACAACACUGCCUCCACAGCAAUAUGCCAGCUGUGGUGGGUCAUCGAGCUACCAGCAGAUACCCAGCCACCACCGGCAUUCUGGACUGUCCUGCAGUCCCCUGGGGGAGCAGAGCCCAUCCUCUGAGCCCAAGCCCUCACCUCGGUUGGAAUCCAAGACAUAUCGACCUAUCAUCCAAACCCCCUACACAUCCUCGUCCUCCAGCUCUUCAGCCCCCUCCUUAUCUGGCACUAAGGGAGCCAAGAGUUCCAGCUCCAGUAGUGGCUACUCCUCUUCAGGCUCAGCGUCAUCCUCUUCCCGCACCCCACACACUCCACCAUCAGCCUCCUCCACCUCUUCCACGUCCUCUUCUAGUUCCAAGACAAGCACUGGCUCCUUGCCUGCUCCCUCUCGUCAGCAGCCCCCACCUCAGUCAACACCGGCACCACCUGCUUUGCCAGUGGUGUCAUCCAACCUUGUUCAACAGGCAGCACCCAAACAAUGCCUCUCCACCUAUGGCUCUUCACCUGUGGCCAAAUCCAGCACAGGCCUACCAGACCAGACGCCUCCCCAGCAACAUGCCCAGUCCUACUCUCCUAACCAGCCUCCAUCUACACACAUGGCUCAGUCUUAUGGAGGCUUUAAUUCACCUCAUGCCCAGGACCUGAGCUCUGGAGCAGGGGGUACUGGAGGGAAGGCCUUCACUGGUAUAGGCUCAGGAGGACGGUCGUUUUCUGCAGAAAUAGUGUUUGGGGACUCAAGCUAUGGCCAAACCCCUCUUAGAAGAGCGGGCAGUCCUUCCUUAGGAUAUGGGAAUGCUGGAGGAUCAACAGUAACUGGACCUGUAUCAGGAGCCGCUGCGCUUGGCAGUGGAGUUGGAUCUGCAGGAUCAGGGAGUGGGCCUUCUAGUGUUGGUAAUGGAGGCAGCAGCUCAUACCACCUGCCUGAGUCUAGUCCCUCGCCCUCCAUCAGUUCUAAUAUCAGUCGCCCUGGAUUGCACUCUCCUGCGUCUGCUCGCCCUGCACAGUCCCCCGGAGGCUCAGGGGCCACCAAAUACUUGUCCUCCAUCCUAUCGCCUUCUUUUAUGUCCUCACCCCAAGGUUUCCCCGAUACACAGCAAGUGCAGAACCAGUCCUACCACUCAACACCGCCCAAGUCAAAAACAGAAACCAAUAUACUGGGAGUUGAGCGAUCCCAAGAUGAGGAAGAGGAUGAUGACGUUUUCCUUAUCCACCACUUGCUACACGCCCAAAGUUCAACUCCUCAUCCUUCCCAGCAUCACCCACCUCCUCAGCAGCUACCCCAGCCGCUUCCACAAGCUAGGGAUGGGGAAGGCAAGGGAGUGACCUAUGACAUGAACAAGAUCUCAGAAGAGCGCUACCACCUUCAGAGUGUCAUUCGUACCAAUAACAUCACCAGCAGUUCAGGUCCUGGAACGGCAAUGGGUGACGCAAGUGGCUUAAACAGUCAGUUGGAAAUGUCACAGAAGAAACAGCAACAGGCCAAAUCGGAGUUGAGCAUAUCAAAGUCCACAGCUGGAGGGGUAGGAGGGGUCACUGACUCUCUUUCCCACUCUCAUACUACCCACUCACAUCAACAACAGCAUGACUCCAUGGGCUCUGUGGUCCAUUAUGGAAGGGGGGACCCCUACAUACAGCACCCACACUCCCAACAUUCCCAUCACACCUCACAUGUGCCCUCACACUCUCAACAACACUCUCAGCAUCCCCAAAUCUCUCAGCACUCUCAGCACUCUCAACACACACCGCACUCUCAACAUACUCAGCACAGCCAUCCCCAUUCCCACUCUCACAGCCACCCUCACAUGGAGCUGAAGAAGCCUUCAGAUGCAAAUGACAAUGCCUACUUGUGUAACACACCAGAUGUGCAGCAGGCUCGGCAAAGCCAGGUUCCCCUCUCUCUAAUAGAUUCAUCGCCAGACCCUCCCCAGCAAUCUCACAUGCUGCAGUCUGUCCUUUCUCACACCACCCACACUAAGAUGGAUCCUCAGCAAGCCCCUCCACAGCAGCAGCAGCAGCAGCAGCAGCAGCAUCCUUUGAGCCAGCAGGCCAUGAUGGGUUCAGCCGGAGGAGCAGGGCCUGCCGGGGUGGAGUCCCAUCCACAGAACCAGUCUGCACAGUUGCAACUCCAGCUUCAGACCCAAGGUAUGGACAACCACUACAGCCUUGGAGCUCAGCAGAGAGAUCAAAGCAGAACCAGUCAGAACUCAGUGUCUCCACUAGACAUGCUGGACCAAUCUCUUUCCCGAACAAACAGCAGAGGCAGUGGAGGAGCUCUGGACAGAACAGGGGUUGGUGUGACUGUUACAGGAGGGGAGGGAGGUGGUGGAGACAGACAUAGACAGCAGCACAGACUUACACCCCACCACCAUCCCCAACAGACAGCCUCAGAUCUCCAUGACUUCCUCUCUGAACCAGAUUUAGGCUUGUCCGCCCCCUCACACCUACAUCACCUCAACCAGCCUCAGGCCCAUGCCCACCCCCAUGCUCACCAUCAGCAGCAAGCACACACUCACCAUCAGCUGGCACACUCUCAGUUAGCUCACACACACUCCCACCGGAUGGCAGCAAAUAUGGUAACUCCCCAACAACAGCAGCAGCCCCAACAAAGAGACCCUGAAACUCUGUCCCACUCCCAGUUAGACCAGCUCAAGCAGCACCAGUUUGACACAGUGAGCCCAGUGGGUAAAGUAGGACAGAAUCAAGUUCAGCAGCAACAGCAGCGCUUUUCAUCUCUGACUUCCAUCUGCUUUCCUGACUCUCUGUUACAUGAUGAAGACCGCUCUUUCUUUCCUGAGAUGGAGGACAUGUUUUGCUCAGCAGAUUACAAGUCAAGCUGUGCUGAGGAUUCUGGGGCAGGACAGGCUGCUCAAGAAAGCCUUACCCAGGGCCAUGGGCAGGGGCAAGACGGUAUGGAGGCCUUAAAAACAGGAGAGGGCUAUGACAUAGUUGGUCAUCACAGUGAUCAAGGCUAUGGACAGUAUUGCCACAGCCUUCCAGGAACAGGAAAUGGCAAUCUACACUUAGACCUUGACUCUAUGAAGACGCACGAGCUUCCCUCCACUGUUAAUACUGACCAACUUGGCCUCAUCCAAUCCCAAACACCCACUAUGGGGCUGAGUUCAGCAGUUCAAGGGGAUGGCUCAGUCAGCAAGAUGAUGGGAGUGGUAGGAGUGGGUGAAAGUCCAAAUACUCCUGGUCUGACCUCACCUAUAUUCUGUUCCUCUCGACCCAAGAAACUGCUGAAGACAAGCUCAUUUCACUUGCUCAAACAGCGGCGUGAGCCGCAACCUCAAACAAAGAAAAACUAUGCGCAGGAAUAUGAAUUUGAGGACGACGAGGAUAAAGCUGAUGUUCCAGCUGAUAUUCGUUUAAACAGUCGACGCCUUCCUGACCUGCUCCCUGACUUGGUGUCUAGCUGUAGGAAGGCUGGGGGGGCAUCAGGAGUAAGUGGGCUCAGUCCACUGAUGGUUGACAUCGACUUCUGCCAUAAUUCUGGCUACUCUUCCCUUGGACACCCUCCACAACUCCUCCCCCAUGAUGGCCCUAAAAAAAGAGGCCGGAAGCCAACUAAACCAAAACGUGAAGGCCCUCCUCGCCCACGAGGUAGACCACGCAUACGCCCUCUUCCAGAGCCUCCCUACUGCAGGGGUCUGAUGGGAUCAGUGGCAGGAGAAAGCAGGAGGGGCCGUGGACGGGGUCGAGGGCGUGGCCGGCGGGAGGAGGUUCUCGUUGAAGAUAUGAACAAAGCACAAAGCCUCCCAUAUCAUCAGCAGCAGCAGCAUCGACAGCAACAGUUCAGCCAUCAGCAGCAUCUUCAACAGCAUUCACAUGAACAUCACAGACAGCAGGUUGACCACCACCAAACAACACAGCAACAGCAACAACAGCAUCACCUGCAUCAUCCACAGCAGCAUGUUUCCUGUCCUCACCACCAACCACAUAAUCAACAGCAGCAACAGCUACAGCAUCAUCAUCAUCAACAACAGCAACCACCCCAGCAGCCGCAGCAAGAUCCAAUCAGUCCUCUCAAGAUCAAACUGCCUGUUCCCACUAUGCCUCCGUCAGAAUCCUUGUUGAGGACAGACUCGCUGUCCAGCACUGAGCCGGUUCUGUCUGAUGGAUCUGUGGGCUCGGCACCAUCUCUGGGCCUGAGUCCUGGACCCAGUGCCGCCAUGGACAUCAACAGAAAUGAGAUGAAUCAGACUCAAGACAAGACGAUGAAGCAUCAACAGAAGGCUAUAGAGAUGACAUGGAAGAAAGAAAUGGAUGAUCCACUGAAUCCUGAAGCCUGGGCUGCUAUGCAGAAACUCUCCAGUUCAGCUGAUGACAAGGCUUUCGAUUUCAAACCUGGCUUCAUGGCCUCUUUUUUGGACUUCUUGAAGACAGGCAAAAAACAGUCAGGCCUUGAACCGGAACAAGAUGGAGCUGAGCAGGAAUCCCUAAACCCCUGCUCCUCUCUGAAGGGAGGGAUCAGGCCCUUAUCCCCACCUUCGCCUCCCCUACCACCAACUCCUCCACAGCAGCCUCCAGAGACAUUCAGUGAGGAAGUGCAGGGCGAGGGGGCGGAGUUGGCUCUCAGCAGCUGUCCAAGUCCCUGCAAGCCACUGGAUGAGGAGCUGAAAAGGAACCUGGAGACGCUGCCCUCCUUCUCCUCUGAUGAGGAAGACUCGGUCAGCAAAAACCAGGACCUGCAGAAGAGCAUCUCCUCUGCCAUCUCCGCCCUCUAUGACACCCCACACUCGCUGGCAGCUGCCAUGGCUUCUGCCAUGAUCAAGGCCCCACCCACCCUGUCCCCGCCUACGCCACAGGAGCCGCCGCUCAGCCCCCCUCUCCCUGCCAUACCUCCCCUCAUCCCCAGUAUCGAGAAUGGAAAAGAGGAGGAGCUCAAGUACACACAGGAUCACAUACAGGACAAGGACGAGCAACAAUCAGUCUCCCUACAGUCAAAUAGAGUAAACACAGAGGAGAGGGAGGCUGAACAAGGAGGAGAUGAGGAAAGGGGGGGGGGUGAGGAGACUGCAGACAAUGAAGAAAUAAUGAGAAGUCCAGAGAAUCUGCAGCAGGGAGCACUGGAGGAGCAGGAGGAGCAGGAGGAGGAAGGGGAAAGGAUGUCUGAAAUACAGAUUUUGGAGGUUCCUAAGGUUGAAGGUUCUCCAUCAGGACCUGCGCUUGCUGCUGCACCUCCAUCCACAUCACCGUCCAUCUCCCCCUCACCCACCUACUCCUCACCUUCACCACUCCCUCUCCUCAGUCUCUCUGUACCCUCCCAACUGCCAGUCCAGCAGGAUGAAGAAGAGCCAAAUCCAACUUAUCCUCCUUCUGAGCAGCAGCAGUCGUCCUACCAGCCCCCUCCGACUGCAGGCACCUCCCCACCCCCCUCCACCUCCCCUCCCGCCAUCCCAUCCUCACCCCUCUCCAACCUUCCCCUGGGCCAGUCCAUCCCCCCUCCAUCUACCACACCUCCACCAUCAUCUUCUGAUCAAGACCAGGAACCUGAAGCUGAGCAGCCUUCCCCCUCUUCACCCACCUCUUCCUCACCAUCUUCAUCCUCUUCGCCACCAUCACCUCCAACCCCGGAAGAGGCCCCAGCAUCCCAGCGUCUUACCUCCCUCCACCUGGCAAAGAAGCAGGCUGACGCCGCCAUAGCUGGGGAGAGUGAGGAGGAGGACAGUGAGAGUGGAGGCGAGGGAAUCUUCCGUGAACGGGAUGAGUUUGUGGUUCGAACUGAGGACAUCGGGAUGCUUAAGAUGGCCCUGCAGACAGGCCGGGAGCCCCCACCCAUCUGGAGGGUGCAGAAAGCCUUGCUCCAGAAAUUCAGCCCAGAGAUCAAGGACGGCCAAAGGCAGUUCUGUGCAACUAGUAAUUAUCUGGGUUACUUUGGUGAUGCCAAAAUGCGCUACCAGCGUUUGUACGUGAAGUUCUUGGAGAAUGUCAACAAGAAAGAUUAUGUCAGAGUGUGUUCUCGAAAGCCAUGGCACAGAGCCAGUCUCACUCUGAGACGCCAGUCACUACCUAAACAGCUGCCCACCAUUCACAAUCAAACCCCACCUCGAGUGGAGAGAGAUGACAAGGAGAGACAGAAAGAGAGAGAGCUGAAGGAGCAGAGAGAAAGAGAAAAAGAACAAAGAGAAAGGGAGCACAGGGAGAAAGUAGAAAAGGAGCAUAAGGAGAAAGAGAGGAAAGAGAAAGAAGAUAGAGAACAAAAAAAGAAGGAGAAACAGGAGAGGGAGCAGAAAGAGAGGGACAGGAAAGAAAAGGAAAAGCAUGAGAGGGAUCAAAGUGAAAGGGAGAGGCAGGAGAGAGAGCAAAAAGAGAGAGAGAAACAAGAGAGGGAAAGAACAGAUAAAGAGAGAGAAAAGAGAGAAAGGGAGUGGAGAGAAAAGGAGAAACAGGUGAGGGAGCGGAGAGAGAAGGAGAAAGAGCAGAAGGAGAGGGAGAAAGAAAAAGAGCGGGAGCAGAAAGAAAAGCAGGGAAGAGAGAGGGAAAAAGAGAGGGAGAAAAAAAGGAAUCAGGAGAAAGAGAAAAGGGAGAGAGAGGAGCUGGAGAGGAGAGAUGGCACAGUGGAAUUCUCAAGGUUUAAGGAAGAGAAGAGAGGAGGAGAGAAGAAGAUGGAGCGUCGGUCCAGAGCCAAGAGUUCAAAGGACAAGGCGGAGCCUCCUCCCAAGAAGAGGAAGAAGUGGCUUAAGGAGGUGCCAUUCUCCUCCUCUGAGUCUGACUCCUCCGUGCCCAGUGAUGAUGAAGGACCUGUGCGGGCUGGAGUUAACAACCGAGCCAUGAGGGAGAUGUUCAGGAGCUAUGUGGAGAUGCUGGUCAGUACAGCGCUUGACCCUGACAUGAUCCAAGCACUGGAGGACACUGAUGAUGAAUUGUACCUCCCACCCAUGAGGAAAAUUGAUAGCCUGCUCAGUGAACAGAAAAAGAGGUUGUUGAGGAGAGUCAACAUGAGUGUUCAGCACCAGGAGGCUUUACAUAUAUUCCCCAAAAUGACGGCAGACCCACUGGAAUCUGGAGUGAUCAAAGUUCACCUUGGCGGAGAGGGCUACAACCGCAAAACUCUCAACCGGGUCAAGAGGAGUAUUCCUAAGCAACAGGAUCUGAAGGUCUCAAUUGAAACUUGCCGAAUCUACAGUCUGUAUCACUCCCUUCACCACUACAAGUAUCACACCUUCCUGCAUUGCAAGAAGGAGACGGACAGCAUUGAGCAGGCAGCGGAGGACCCUGGCCAGGAGGAGGUGGUGCAGCAGUGCAUGGCUAACCAAGGCUGGCUGGAGAGCCUCUUUAACGCCUUCAUGGAACUGCUGAGCCUAAGUGGCAAGGCCUGAAAGAGAACCAUAGCCCCAGCCACCAAACUCACACACCCACCUGCAGUAUUAAGAAGAUGGAAGCAUCCAGAAUUGGUGAAAGAAAAGAAACACACUAAAACAACUGUACGGAUGCUAUAAUAGUGCGAUGGUUCCAGCAAGAGCAGCCACUGCUGGUUUGUUUGUUGGAGGUUUAACUUUUAGGGUGUUUGUUUUAUUAUUGAGUCCAUGUUAAAGUACAUCUUUAUUUCAAGAAACAUAUUGAAAGAUUGAGGCCAGUGAACUACGUGAAUGUGAUGAGUUUUCCUAAAAGGGACCAUAUGAUAAUUUGGUCAGCACUACAAAAGAGAUUUUUGUCAAGAUUUACAGAAUAUUGACAAACACACACAAGUUGUCUAUAAAUAUGCAUUGACAACUGGUUUGUAUAAUUUAUACAAGGACAUUUCCAAAAAUGACCAUCCUAAGAUGGGAUAGUUUGCUGUGAUUAUUUUUGAAAAAUGUUUUAAAGGGAUAUAGAUAAAAUGGCCCACCUGCAAUGAUUUGCUUCUCUCAGAGUGACAGAGGUAAAACUAGGGUUGAAUGAGGUUUAAAAGGACUAUGUGAUAGUCUCUCGUUUCUACCUGCCUCAGUUAGAAAACAGUUAAGACUGAGGGAAAAUGUAUUUAAAACCAAGCUGUGUUUUUUUUCUGUUUGUUCUUCAAAAGACAACAACAGAGAAGAUUUAAUGCCUGUAAA